CCCCUCAUAGAAUCAAUCCGCAUUCGUUAAACCACCACUUGGGUUCUUCCCUUUUGCUCCUCCAUUCACUGCAACCCCACCAUUGUCCUUCUUCACAGAUCUCCGGGCGUAAGCCUGCCUUCGGUUCGGGAUUAGGAUUCGAGUGACUGAGAGUGGGAAUUGGCGUUCUAACGGCGGCAAUUUGUGGCUCCGAUGAAGAUUCAGUGUAACGUCUGUGAGGCGGCGGAGGCGAACGUCCUCUGCUGCGCCGACGAGGCGGCGCUCUGCUGGAUAUGUGACCAGAAAGUGCACGCCGCCAAUAAGCUCGCCAGUAAGCACCAGAGGGUUCCGCUCUCUACCUCGUCCGCCCAGAUGCCUAAGUGUGAUAUAUGCCAGGAAACGGUUGGGUAUUUCUUUUGUCUGGAGGACCGUGCAUUGCUAUGCCGGAAAUGUGAUGUUGCAAUACACACAGUGAAUUCCUUGGUUUCAGUUCAUCAGAGGUUCCUACUCACCGGGGUUAAAGUAGGCCUGGAAGCUACAGUCUCUGCUCCGUUGUCGGCAAAAGUGCAUUCCCCGCAAACUACUGAUAAAAUCCCUGAUAGUCACUCUCUUUCGAAGAAAUCCUCCGCUGCAUUACCAACUGUCGAGCAUGGUAGGAGCUUACUGUCCCAACGUAGCACAGUAGAAGAUUUUUCAUCAUCGAAGGUGCCCUUUAACGGGGCUUCUCCUGCCGGGAGUAUGUCGCAGUGGCAGUUAGACGAUUAUCUCAGUCUUGGUGAUUUUGGCCAGUCCUUGACUUUCUUGGAUACCAGCUCAUCAAAGGGUGACAGCGGAAAGCUUGUCGGAGAGUCGGAGUCAUCUCAGCUCCUGCAAGUGGCUGAUGCAGAAUUGGAGGGCGAUGAUUGUUUUGGACAGGUCCCGGAUUCAUUCUGGGUGGUCCCGCAGAUUCAGUCCCCGCCAACAACAGCAUCUGGACUUUACUGGCCCAAAGAUUCUCAGAUUCCAUCACACUCUCCCGUGUUCGUGCCCGAUGUAGUAGUCUCUCCGCGGUUGCAGAACCUCGGUCACCACCACCAUUCCACAGGGCGCGCCUCUACGCGGCGGCACUGCUGACCGGCAACCCUCUAAAUGGGCCAAGUAUCACAGUGUAAGCUUAAUAUACAUACAUAUAUAUAUAUAUAUAUAUAGAGAGAGAGAGAGAGAGAGAGAGAGAGAGAAAAUGAUGUAAUCUCAUUAUGGUUAGUGAAUGUGGUUGGGAAUUGGAUGUGUGUGUUUUUGUGUUUGCAGUGACUAGUGGUCACUGUAGUUUGUUCAUAAAUCAUCUUCUUGUAAUAUGAAGCUUGCUUUUCUUA